GCCGCCUGGGUGCCCGGCCCCGCGACCCGCUAGGGGCGGCCCCGCUCCGUGGUCUGGGCCUUCGGCGGAGUCCGUCGGAUCCCGCCUCGCUCUGCGCCCCGCGGCGCGCCGCCUCCCAGCCAGAGGUGUCUGCACGUCCGGCGAUCCAUCCGUCUCUCCGUCCCGGGGCCGGCGCUGACCAUGCCCAGCGGCUGCCGCUGCCUACAUCUCGUUUGCCUGUUGUUCAUCCUGGGGGCACCCGUAAAGCCUGCCAGAGGCAAUGACUGCAGCUCCCUCUGUGACCUGGCUCACGGCUGCUGCGCGCCUGACGGCUCUUGCAGGUGUGACCCCGGCUGGGAGGGGCUGCACUGUGAGCGCUGUGUGAGAAUGCCUGGCUGCCAGCACGGCGCCUGCCACCAGCCCUGGCAGUGCAUCUGUCACCCCGGCUGGGCAGGCAAGUUCUGUGACAAAGAUGAACAUAUCUGUACCACGCAGUCCCCCUGCCGGAACGGAGGCCAGUGCGUGUAUGACGGGGGCGGUGAGUACCACUGUGUGUGCCCACCAGGCUUCCACGGGCGUGAUUGUGAGCGCAAGGCUGGACCCUGUGAGCAGGCAGGCUCCCCGUGCCGGAACGGUGGGCAGUGCCAGGACGACCAAGGCUUUGCCCUCAACUUCACCUGCCGCUGCCUGGCGGGCUUCGUGGGUGCCCGCUGUGAGGUGAAUGUGGAUGACUGUCUGAUGCGGCCUUGUGCUAACGGCGCCACAUGCCUGGACGGCAUCAACCGCUUCUCCUGCCUCUGCCCCGAGGGCUUCACUGGGCGUUUCUGCACCAUCAACCUGGACGACUGUGCCAGCCGCCCCUGCCAGAGAGGGGCCCGCUGUCGGGACCGGGUCCACGACUUUGACUGUCUCUGCCCCAGCGGCUAUGGUGGCAAGACUUGUGAGCUAGUGUUGCCCAUCCUGAGUCCUGCCGCCACAGUGGACAGCCCCCCAGGGCCCACCUUGGCUGUGCUGGUACCCGCCACAGGGCCCAUCCCUCACAGCGUGGGCGCCGGCCUGCUGCGCAUCUCUGUGAAGGAGGUGGUGCGGCGGCAAGAGGCCGGGCUGGGCGAGCCCAGCCUGGUGGCCGUGGUGGUGUUUGGGGCCGUCACUGCCGCCCUGGUCCUGUCCACGGUGUUGCUGACCCUGAGGGCCUGGCGCCGGGGCUUCUGCUCCCCUGGACCCUGCUGCUACCCUGCCCCACACUACGCCCCAGCACGCCAGGACCAGGAGUGUCAGGUUAGCAUGCUGCCAGCAGGGUUCCCUCUGCUGCCUGACCUGCCCCCUGAGCCUGGGAAGACCACUGCUCUGUGAUGGAGGUGGGGGCUUUCUGGGCCCCUCCUUCACCUCCUAGGGCGCAUGGACUGGAGUGGCCCUUUCUCGCCACCCCUCAGCUGGGGCACACACACUGAGGGACCUCAGCCUCAUGCCACAAAUAUUAUUUUUUUAAUACACAGAAUGU